AACUGACAUAGAGCUGGAUGGUAUUGACAAUUCAGGUGUGAACCAGUCUCCGUUUGGCUGAAAGGAAGAAUUGUAACCCGGAGACAGAGGAACCAAAUGCUUUACAUUUUCCUGAAAUCAAAGAUGAUGAUUCCUGGGAAGUUCAUAACUGCAGCAAACUGAACAUUGUUUCUUCAAUGAAACCUGAGAUGUUUGUAGAUUGCGGUUCGGAUGAACGUAAACACCUAGAGAAUCCCGAUGAAUCAAACAUCUUUACUAACAUGGAGAUGAAAUUGUUUUUCCCGGUUGAAGAUGAAGUUAAAAAUUCAGAUGCAAAGGCCCGUUAUGGUAAUGAUGUUGCUUUAGACAUGUCCAUCACAGAAUGCAAUUCAAGCGACAUUAAAGAGGAUAUUGAGGACACAUAUUUCAGAGUGAGGAAGGACGAUCCUGAAGAUACAGAAGAAACAAUGGAGUUGAGUAAUGACUUGUCAGGGCUGGAUGCGGCAAUGGCAGAUAAAUCACCACUUUUAAAGGGUUCAGAAAUUGGCAAAGGUGAGGGUGGUGAAAACGCAGCAGCCUUCAGAACCGAACUAAAUUUGCUAAAUGCAACUGCAGAAAAGGAACGGAGAAAGAGUGUGCCGGUUAAGCAAUUUAUUUCUUCCAUAAUGAAAAGCAAGAGCAAGCCUGGUUUGAUUCAAAGAACACCAAAGCUACCGAUAUUUCAUGACAUGAAGGAGAACGAACGUAGCAGCAAAAGGGAGCAAAUUGCCAACCGAACAACGCCUAAAACAUCCAAGCUGAGGCUGCCACUUGGGCGCAUCUGAAACUCAGUAUUAGACCCAACUGUUUCUUUAUGAAUGUUCCAUUAGAACAGUGACUUUUCCAUGACAAUAGGCAGGCAUUAACGCAGUUUGCUAUGUACAAUAUAGGCAUAUCUCAUGCAUUAUUUGUUUGUAGAAUUGUGAGAACUUUGUAAUGUUUGUGGACUUGGCGUGUGACUUGCAAUUAUACCCAUAAUUCAUGGCAUUUAUGGAUAAA